AUGGGAGGGAAUAAGAGCGGGGUGAAAGACAGUGAAACGGGCAAAUCGAAUUCCCUGAGGACCUAUGUUUGGAGGUGUGAGUGUCAUGGAAGGCCAAAAUACCAGCGGAUGGUGAAUGGCAGGGUAGUUACCUGCGCAGAGGAACCAAUUCUUAAGAGGAAGACGAAGAAGUGUAGUUGCCCUGUUAUGCUAUAUGGGGCUUGGACCAAAGAGAAUUUAUGGGUUGUGAAGAGUGUUGUUACUGAACAUUUGAACCACAUUCCCACUCCUUCCAAGUCCAACCAUAUUUCCAUGUUCCGAGUCAGGAAAAUAACUCAGACAAUCCUGAAACAUAUUGAAAAUGAUCACGAUUCAGGUGCACCUGUGGCUCAGAUUUUCAAUAACUUAGCGGGAAGAAGGAAUGGUGUAGAGAAUAUUGGUUUUACGAAAAAAGACGUGCAUAAUAUUUUGAAUAGGAGGAUGCGAUUGAGGCUACGAGAUGGGGAUGCUGUUGCAAUGAUAAAUUAUUUAGAUAAAAUGACAAAGGAUAAUCAAAAAAAUUUCUAUCUCCACCGGCUUGAUAAAACAGGGAAGUUGCAGGAUGUAAUGUGGGUUGAUGCUCGUAGCAGAGCCGCGUAUGAGUAUUUUGGGGAUGUGGUUUGUUUUGACUCCACGUACUUGACAAACAAGUAUGAGUUGCCAUUUUCGAACUUUGUUGGGGUGAAUCACCAUGGGCAAACAAUUUUGCUUGGAUGUGCAUUAGUGUCUCAUGAAACCGCGGAAACGUUCGUUUGGCUCUUUAGGGCAUGGUUGUCUUGUAUGGGGGGUAAAGCUCCCGCUGCUAUUAUGACCGACCAGGAUGCGGCUAUGAGGAAGGCAAUUAGAAUAGCAAUGCCAAUGCCUAAAACCAGACAUCGUUGGUGUAUGUGGCAUAUUAUGCAGAAGUUUAGCCGAAAAUUGGGUUCGAUGACUGAUUUUCCCCAAAUAAAAGUUGCCCUACAGAAUGUCAUAUACAACAGUUUGACCCCUGUUGAAUUCGAAGAAGGUUGGGCUGAAGUGGUGGAAACUUUCAAGCUGAAGGAGGCUAAGGAAAGCUACAAGUGGCUAGUAGGGUUGUAUAAUCAGCGGUGGAUACCUGCAUAUGUGAAGCAUAUUUUUUGGGCGGGGAUGCAGACGACUCAGAGGGUUGAGAGUAUUAAUAGUUUCUUCGACGGGUACUUGAAGAAGAAUACGAGAUUAUAUCAGUUUGCUCCUAGGUACUGCAAGGCCAUGGAAAUUAGGGCCAAUGAUGAAAAAGCUGCUGAUGUGAACUGCUGUCGUUUUACUCGGUCUUUGGUUGGAGAGUUUGCUGUGGAGAGGAAGUUCCAGAAACUAUAUACGGAUGCGAAGUUCGUUGAAGUCCAGAUCCAAUGUAUGCGGGUAUGUUACGUAACACCUAUUACUUCGAAAGUAGUUUCUGAUGUGGAGGUUGAGCAUACGGUGUCUGACAAAGUAUGGGUAUGGUCCAAGUUCUUGAGAAAGGAAAUAUCUUUGGCAGGCCGGAAGCGUAUAUACGUCGUGAUGUUCAACAAGGAGACCUCUUUUGCAAAGUGUGACUGCAAACAUUUCGAGUGCCACGGCAUUAUGUGUAGGCACAUCAUUAAGGUGUUGGACGUGGAGGAUGUGGAAAAUAUGCCUGCUGGAUAUAUAGUUGACCGAUGGAGGAAAGAUAUACAACGCAAGCACACUCUUGUGAAGGUUGCUUAUCAUGAUCCUGAGAAAACAGAAGAAGUUAAGCGCUAUGACCGGAUUAUGAAUGCGGUGGAACCUGCUGCCCUCCGUGGAUCACUUUCCGAGCAGAAGUUGGAUUUGGUCAUAGAAGGUAUUAUGAAUAUUGUGUUACGUCUUGAUGAGAGUGAUGCUCUUUCAGCAGUUGGUGAUAACGAAGCUGGUGCACUGACUUCCGGGGGGAACAGGAUGGCGAUUGUUGGUCCUACGACACCAGGCUCCGUUAACAAACCUCCAAACAGCGUUGGGGAUGAUACUACCACACUUACCCCCCCUAUUAUGGUUAAAGAUCCUGUUCCGCGCGGUGGUUUAAAGGCUCACAGGACUCGUGAAAAAAGAUUUUUACAACCAGGUGAGAAUAAAAACCCCGCAAGGAAGCAAGUCAGGAAAAACAAGAGUGUUGUACCACAAGACUUUCCAGAAACCAGCAAUUGUCAGAACACUUGCCUUCCUCAACACAACUACGUGCAGCCGCCAAACACCUUCCAUCCUGGUUGGGGAUCCCACGAUCAAUAUGUGAGUGAAUCACAUACGCUACAAAUUAAACUUAAACAAAUAUUGAUGUGA